CUCUUUCUCCCCCCCUCCCCCCACUUGUGAAGGACCUCCAAGUUGGCAUCUUCAACCCGGCCACCAUGUUCCUCUCGUCUCCCAGCUGCGUCCGCCGGAUGUUGAACGUCCGGCCGGGUUCCGCCCUCCUCUUCUGGCUCCUGGGGCUGGCCCUACGCCCGUUGCCCAUCUCGGGGCAGAAGCCCGAGGAUAAGUACCCCGUGGUGCCCACCAAUUACGGCAAGCUGCGUGGCAUCAAGAAAGGGCUGAACAACGAGAUCUUGGGGCCGGUGGUGCAGUACCUGGGCGUCCCCUACGCCACGCCGCCCGUCGGCGAGCGCCGUUUCCAGCCGCCCGAGGCCCCCGCUUCCUGGUCCGAGGUGCGCAAUGCCACGGCCUUCGCCCCAGUGUGCCCGCAGAAUAUCCACGGCAUGCUGCCCGCCAUCAUGCUGCCCGUCUGGUUCACCGACAAUCUGGAAAUCGUGGCGAAUUACGUCCAGAAUCAGAGCGAAGAUUGCUUGUACCUCAACGUCUAUGUGCCCAUGGAGGAUGGU